AUGCCCUCAUCAGAAGCUACCCCACCUGAUUCAUCUCAAAGCGGCGGUGGCAUUAGUCCAGCCAUAAAGUCAAUAGUUCAAGGACUAUUGUUGUUCUUUGGUACACAGUUUGUUAUUGGAAAAUUCUUUGGACCCAAUUCUAGCACACCAGCAACAACUAGUAUUCCUACAGACAAUGAUUAUCCAAAAAUUUCUACCGAGAAUCCAUCUUACUUAGCAAAAUCAUCAUCGACGGGUGGUGAGCGAAAUAGUCUGGUGCCUCAGAAAAUUUCACCCAUCUGGCCAGAAACAUCAUACCUGGACAUACUUAUUACAGUAUCCCCUACCUUCGCUCUCAAACCAAUUUCCGAGACUCUCCAAGAAAGAAUAGUAUUGAAUCAAACUGCCUUUCAUCUCGGCGACUUCGCCGAAGAAAGAGUUAUUGAUGGCUCUUUCAAAGUUCCCAGAGAGAUACAAGACAAUGGCACGCUGUGGGGCCAUUUUUACAUUGGUCUAAGCGGUGAACAACUUGACCCACUAGCGACGGAUUACAAGACAGACCGAUCUUACCACUUUACCUGGCCAUUGACUCAUUAUCUUCCUCAUAAAAAGGCUAAGAAGACGAAGAAUCUCCUUGCCUCUACCAAUCAUGAUGAAGGUAACGAGCAUGAAACUUCGCCCCCAUCGGACAGACCUAUCAUAACUUCCCACUACCAUCCGAAUUUCACAAUGUCAUUCAUACCCGAUACGGGAAUAGCAAACUUUCCAAGUCUUCACCCAGCCAUGAGGCAGUAUUUUCAUUUGGAGAGAAGCGGUGCUCGAGAUGAAACUGGUCAGAAUGGGUGGUAUUAUCCUGUGCUAUUUGUUAACACGUUCUGGCAACUAAGGAGCCAGAUGAUACCUCUAAACUCUACUGUUGACCAGAUUCCUAUACAGAUUAAAUUGAAUAACAUGCAAAACUGGAAGUUUAGUAUUAUCUCUAGUAUUGACGAGGGUGCAAAGCAAACUACAAGAGCAGCUGCUCAAGGCUCUUCCAUGCCUGGAGGCGGGGACGGAAGUGAAUUCGAAAUGAUAAAAGAAGUGAUACUACAAACAAAUCCUUACCUUCUAGGGACAACUGUCAUAGUGAGCAUCCUCCAUAUGAUAUUUGAAAUGCUUGCGUUCAAAUCCGACAUAAGUCAUUACCGGAACAAGAAAAACAACGUCGGAAUCUCAGUCCGCUCGAUACUUGGAAAUGUAUUUAUGCAGAGUGUAAUUUUACUGUAUCUUCUAGACAAUAACGAAAACACUAGCUGGAUGAUUCUGUUCUCUCAGGGUAUGGGCAUUCUACUGGAAUUUUGGAAGAUAACAACUAUCGUCAAUAUUCGUAUCCGACCUUCGAACAACCUUGUGGGUUACGGAUUGUCGUUCGAAGAUAAGCACACACUAUCUGAAACAGAAGAAAAGACCAAAGAAUUUGACGCCAUUGCAUUCAAGUAUCUUUACAUGAUUGCAGUCCCUCUGCUUUUAGCAUACGCAGCAUAUUCUCUUACCUAUGAAACCCACAAAUCUUGGUAUUCAUUCACCAUUACCACUCUUGUUGGCUCUGUUUAUGCCUACGGAUUUCUAAUGAUGGUUCCCUCACUUUAUAUAAACUAUCGACUCAAGUCAGUGGCUCACAUGCCCGCAAGAGCGAUGACUUAUAAAUUCUUGAACACAUUCAUCGAUGACUUGUUCGCGUUCACCAUCAAAAUGCCAACUCUUCAUAGGCUUGCUACUCUAAGAGAUGACUUGAUAUUCUUUGUAUACUUAUAUCAAAGUUGGAAAUACAGAGUCGAUUACAUGCGGGUCAACGAGUUUGGACAGGGAGGUGACGAAGAUCAAAAGGAUUCCGAGCCCAAAACUGAUGAGGCAUUAAAAGAUUCUCCAUGUGCCAGUGCAAAUACACAAGUUGAAGCUAGUAAUUUAUCAAACCAAACUGACAGAAUAAUAGAUGAUGGGAAGGUAAUCACUUCUGGAUCUCUAAAGAAGCAAGGAGCUAGGAAACGGACAUAG